CAGCAGGGAUGAUACAGUCAGACAGAGGAGAAGAUCCACCAGACAAGGACUCAAAACCCUCCACGAGCACCAGUCCGGAGAAUGGCCUCUCCAAAAUCCUAAGGCUCCUGAUGCAGGAGCUGAGUCUGUUCUACAGCCGGGAUGUGAACGGGGUGUGUCUCCUCUACGACCUCCUCCAUUCCCCGUGGCUGCAGGCUCUGCUCAAGAUCUACGACUGCCUCCAGGAAUUUAAAGAAAAGAAGCCAGUUCCCGCCACACCCCACGCACAGGCGCUGUCCCAGGAGGUAGUGGAGCUGUUACUGGAGACUCCACCUUCCCCUGAGAUCCAAGAGCUGAGACGGACCCUCCAGGCCCCGCACUUCAAGGCAUUGCUUAGUGCCCAUGACACGGUAGCUCAGAAGGACUUUGAGCCCCUUCUCCCCCCACUGCCAGACAACAUCCCUGAGAGUGAGGAAGCAAUGCGGAUUGUUUGUUUGGUGAAAAAUCAGCAGCCCCUGGGAGCCACCAUCAAGCGCCACGAGAUGACAGGGGACAUCCUGGUGGCCCGGAUCAUCCACGGUGGACUGGCUGAGAGGAGUGGGUUGCUGUAUGCUGGAGAUAAACUGGUGGAAGUGAACGGAGUUUCUGUUGAGGGGCUGGACCCUGAGCAAGUGAUCCACAUUCUGGCCAUGUCUCGAGGCACGAUCAUGUUCAAGGUCGUUCCAGUUUCUGACCCUCCUGUGAACAACCAGAAGAUGGUGUAUGUACGAGCCAUGACGGAUUACUGGCCCCAGGAGGAUCCCGCCAUCCCUUGCAUGGAUGCAGGAUUGCAUUUCCAGAAGGGUGAUAUCCUCCAGAUUGUGGACCAGAAUGAUGACCUCUGGUGGCAGGCCCGUAAGAUCUCAGAUUCUGCUACCUGCGCUGGGCUUAUCCCUUCUAAUCACCUUCUGAAGAGGAAGCAACGGGAAUUCUGGUGGUCUCAGCCGUAUCAGCCUCAUACCUGCCUCAAAUCAACCAUAUCAAUAUCUAUGGAAGAAGAAGAUGACAUGAAGAUUGAUGAGAAAUGUGUGGAAGCAGAUGAAGAAACAUUUGAAUCUGAGGAACUUUCAGAAGACAAGGAGGAAUUUGUUGGCCAUGGGCAAACGUUCUUUAUCGCUGGUUUCCGCCGCAGCAUGCGCCUUUGCCGUCGGAAGUCUCACCUGUGUCCCCUGCGCGCCGGCGUGUGCUGCUCUGAGAGUAGCUACAGCGCCGUGGGGGCCCCUUACGAGGAGGUGACGAGGUACCAGCGCCGCCCUGCGGACAAGCACCGCCUCAUAGUGCUCGUGGGACCUUCUGGUGUUGGAGUAAAUGAGCUGAGAAGACAUCUUAUUGAGUUUAAUCCCAGCCAUUUUCAAAGUGCUGUGCCACAUACUACUCGUUCCAAGAAGAGUUAUGAAAUGAAUGGGCGUGAGUAUCACUACGUGUCCAAGGAAACAUUUGAAAGUCUCAUCUACAGUCACAGGAUGCUGGAAUAUGGCGAGUACAAAGGCCACCUGUAUGGCACUAGCGUGGAUACCGUCCAAGCAGUCCUUGAUGAAGGGAAAGUCUGUGUCAUGGACCUAGAGCCUCAGGAUAUUCAAAUGACUCGAACCCAUGAACUGAAGCCCUAUGUCAUAUUUAUAAAGCCAUCUAACAUGAGUUGUAUGAAGCAAUCUCGGAAAAAUGCCAAGAUUAUUACUGACUACUUUGUGGACAUGAAGUUCAAGGAUGAAGACCUACAAGAGAUGGAGGAUUUGGCCCAAAAAAUGGAGACUCAAUUUGGCCAAUUUUUUGAUCAUGUGAUUGUGAAUGACAACUUGCAAGAUGCAUGUGCCCAGUUGUUGUCUGCUAUACAGAAGGCCCAGGAGGAGCUUCAGUGGGUACCAGCAACAUGGAUUUCCUCUGAUGCUGAGUCUUCAUGACUUCCUGUUUAAUGUUGGAGCUUUAACACUGUACCUUUGUUACAGAGAUCUGGAAUAACUGCUACAAUCUAAAACAGCAGUAUUGCCCAUUAUGAUGUGUGCAACUUUAAACGUGCAGCAGCUUAUUAAUCUUAUUUG